AUGGCGAGGGGAAGGGGACGAGGAAGAGGCCGGAAAAUGUCAGUAAUGGCAGUAGGUAGCUCAGGUGGAGCUCAGGAUGAAGCAUCAGUUCAACAACAAGCUCAAAGUGAAGAAAAGAAUUGUGGAGUGACUGAAAGUGUUGAAGUAGCUAGGCGAUUGAGCUUAGAUUCAGUAGUAGAAGAAGAGGAAUAUUGUGAAAUCACAGAUCUAAUACAAACAACAGCUGAGAACAAGAAGGGAACUAAUGGAACAGUAGCUACGAAGCAAGAUGGGAAUAUUGAUGAGUAUGAAAAUAAGGGGAUACAAGGAGAAGAAGAUAACAAGGAGAAAGAACCCUGGGUUAAUAUGUUUAAGAACAAUCGUGUAGCUAACAAUGGUAUGCAGCUGAACUGUUUCCCACCACAAAUAGUUAAUGGAGAAACAAUGGUACAACUGGAAGGGAAAGAAGUUCAGGAAGAAGAAGCUAAGUGGAAGUUUGCACUCAUAGCCUAUGUAGUGGGUGAAUGUCCUGGGUACAAUGUCAUGAAUAGAUACAUAAUGAUGAACUGGUCUAAAGCUGGGAAACCAACCCUGUUUCUACAUGAAGAGGGUUACUUCAUUGUUAAGUUUCAGAACAUGGAGGAUAUGAAUGAGAUACUUUUUUCAGGACCUUACACUAUAAAUAAUAGGCCUAUUAUACUGAAACAAUGGUGCUCAGAUUUUGAUUUUGGUAAGGAAUUCUUAGCUGAAAUUCCAUUAUGGGUUAAAUUUCCAAGAUUACUACUUAAUUGCUGGGGAGCUGGAUCAUUGAGUAGAAUAGCAAGUGCAAUAGGUGUGCCUUUAUUUGCUGAUGAAUGUACUACAAAGCAAACAAGAAUCUCUUAUGCUAGAAUGUUGAUAGAGGUUGAUGUUACUAAAGCUAUUCCUCAGCAGAUUACAGUAGCUGAUCCUAAUGGAAGGACAUUUGUGCAGGAUGUUGUGAUGGAAUGGAAACCAUUGUAUUGUCAUAAAUGCCAAAAGAUUGGACACCAAUGCCAAUCAGUAACACUGGAGGAGAUGCCAAAGAAGAAAAAGCCUUGGAAGAAAGUUACACAAACAUGGCAGUACAAAGGUCCAAUACAGCGACAGGAGAAGAAAGAUGAACUCAUGGAGAAAUCUGGGAUAGAAAGUAAUAAUGGAAAGAAGGAAAAGCAAGUGAUAGAGAAUGCAGAGGUGCAGGAUCGUAAGCAAACACCUGAACUCAAUCUGAGGCCUCAAACAGGAAAUAAGCAACUGGAAUUCAGCUUAACAAACUUCCCUAUACUUACAGCUAUACCAGUUAGAAAUGGAUUUGAGAGUUUAAGGAAUAGUAAACUUGUUUCACUUCCUGUGGAUAGAGGUGGAGAUCCAAAGACUUGUUAUAAAGUGGAAGUUAAAGAGGCAAAUAGUAAUACUAUCCUAAAAGCAAUUGCUCCAGGAUGGAAGAUUAUCCACAACUAUAAGGAGGCUGUAAAUGGAAGAAUAUGGGUAAUAUGGGAUGAUAGUUGGUAUGAGGUGAAGGUGAUAAAGAGUAAUGCUCAAAUGGUUCAUUGUCUAGUUAAUGAAAGAAGUAAAGGGUAUCAGUUUAAAGUCACAGUAGUAUAUGGUUACAAUAUUUCAGAAAUGAGGAGAAAUUUAUGGAGGGAACUGAAGAUGUUAGUUCACAUUGUGACAGAUCCUUGGCUCAUCAUAGGAGAUUUUAAUGCUACCUUAUCUCCUCAAGAUAGAGUAGAUGGAGUUCCUGUUACUAUGAAUGAAAUCAAGGACUUUGAAGAUUGUGUUAAAGAUAUGGGAAUUACUGAAGUCCAUUGGAAAGGAAAUUACUAUACUUGGACAAGUAAACAGGUAGGUGCUGCCAGAAUUGCUAGUAGAAUAGACAGAGCUUUUGGGAAUGAUUGUUGGAUGGAUAAAUGGGGUCAUGUUAUAGUAGAGUAUGGGAUCCCAGGUGAGUCAGAUCAUAGUCCUAUGCACUUGCUACUUCAGCAGAGUUAUCACCAGACCAGGGUGGGAUUUAAAUUCUUUAAUGUGUGGAUUGAGCAUGAGUCAUUUAUGGACAUGGUGGAUACAAUAUGGAAGCAGGAAUAUGGAACUGAAGUAAUGAGAGGAAUAUGGUAUAAGUUGAAGGCUCUCCAACCAAUCUUGAGGCAAUUGAAUAAGAAAGAGUUCCAAUCCAUAGGCCAGAAGAUUGAGAAGGCAAGAAGUGAACUGGAAGAACUUCAAGAGAAACUCUAUAGACAGGCACAAGAUGAUCUAGUUAUUAAGGAGAAGGAAUUAUUAAUACAGCUGGAGAAAUGGUCAAUGCUAGAAGAAAAUGCUUUAAGGCAAAAAGCAAGAGCUAGAUGGAUCACUUUGGGGAUACAAACAAUAAGUAUUUCAGCUCAGUGA